AUGUUAUCCAAGUCAAGUGUACAUCCAAAUGAGCGACAAACUUUUUUAGAAAGCGUUGCUUUUUUACUUGAUGAUCUUGAUAUUUCAUCCCCGAUGUUUCAUGCCGUCAUAAACCUGUUUGUGAUCGAUGAAAAUACUCCUGAUGAGGUGUGCGGAGAGUCAUCUUUCAAAGUUGAUCACUUGGUUGAGGCAAUGGUCGGAAAAAGCUCUUUUGCGUCUGAACUUCUCAUGGAAAAGGAUUUGGACCUCUUUGUAAGGGGCAAUUUUAUAGAUUCUUUUUCUACAAAGAACGUUCAAGUAGAAAGGGUUCACGCCGAGGAUAGAGAAUGGGAUGGAAGGGACCCUGGAUUCGUCUUGACUAAUCUUUUGCCCGAUGAGGAACAGUUCUAUCGUAGACACAUUUGUGAGAUGAGCGUUUUGUUGGCAAUUCUUCAGAGGCCACCUGCAGCGUUCAUGUCGGGUGGGUUUCCAUCUCUCUACCGCAAGUUAAUGCAAAAACUAAAGGCAGAUCACCUUGUUCAAGUUCUUGUUUCACGCAUGGAGAAAAUGCAAAAAGGACUGCAGACUUCAUCGAGGCCUGUUGUGGUAGCGCUGUUGAAGCAGGUAUUAGUGUUGUACGUGGAUAUCUUGUUUUACUUCUCAUUCCAUCUGAACGAGACUGAAAGUGAAACUCUGAUAACCGGUGAAUUACUCAAUCGAAUGACUAAUAUCGCAAACCAAUUCUGUGGUACCGGCCGCUUGGUGCCUCAACUUCAGCACUUGUCACUUGUUUUGGUGUGCGUUGUUGUGAGGCAUAUAUCUCGUAUCUCGCUCGCGACGCUUCAGAGCUUGCUCGAUGGUUCACUCUCGGAGCGUUCAAGCCAAACAAACGUUAUGAAUUUCAUUCUUAUGGCCGCCGUUCCCUGUUUUUCACUAAAAAAUGCAGGUUCUUCUGUGGAACGGUGGCUUCAACAGGCACUGGAAGUGCUUCGACAGUGCACCACGUACGACUUUGAGGUCGAUGAUAUCUUUUCAAAGGAAGGUUCCUACGCGAGGCAACACGUUUUCCUCAUCAAACGUAUUCUCGGUGUCACGCUUCAAAAAUUUUGGACGCAUUUGUCAGCUUUCUGGUGGACUUGCUGCAGUAUGUCAGCGCUCAUGAGUAUUUCGAGAAGCUGUUUUAUCUACGCGUUCACGUGGUCAAUGAUGCCGCCUGGAAUCUUCGCAUUUCUCGAAUUUGUUCGUUUUCACUUGAGAGCCUGCGUUUUCUCACCUUCAUCUUGCUCUGAUAUGGUCGAAGGAAGGGAUGAGGCACUGUUUCUUGCGUAUGCAGAAGGCACUGAUUGGGAGAUGGAUCGGUCUAAAUCUCCACAUGUACCACAAACUUCUCUUUUAUUACCCGACAAGGAGCAGAUUGGGACAAUGGUGCUAGGCCGUGAUGGUCAUCCUGCUGCGGCAACACACCUUAACUUCGACACCACGGAGGCCCGCUGUGUUUUCUUCCUAACACUUUAUUCCUAUAUAUCAGCCGCUUCUCUUUUCCACUGCGAUCGCCUUGGCGAUUCAGACAGGAUCUUUUUCCUAGAUCGAGUGCAUCGGCCGUUAGCUCCUUCUGAAGGUGCGGGUACUACCGCACCGUUGCCCUGCACUAGUGCAUCUAAUCAAAUAAUUUCGAAGUUACCCUUUCCUGCCUUGCCUAUUUGGAGGGGGAACGAGUUGAACUUACUCUCGCAGUGCAUGGAAUUUUUGAUUCAUAAAGUUAUGUCCGUGUCACUAAUUGCUUCCCCUCCGCAGCAUGCACAUGGAAGCUUUUACAACGCUGCAGUUUCGCUGCUUUACACCAUAUUAACGUUAUUUCCACAUGAAAUGAGCCUGGCCAACACCAUUGCUAACCGUAACCUAUUUGAACUAUUUGUCCAGCUUCUUUUUCAUCAUCUAAAGUCUGAUGUUUUUUUUAUCGAGCGACAAGAUGUCAUCGUUUUACGCAUGCUCCUCAGCAUACUGAAGGUUCAUUUUAACGCAGUGAAGAGCUUGUCAAGCGUGGCCUCCAAGCUCCUGACCGAAAAUCUUGCCACUGCCCUUGGCAAAGGGUUCACAAACGCUGUAAAUUUAACCAUGUUGCAUCUAACAGCAUACGUGAAUCUUUGUCAGGGGGCAGAGGAGAGGAUAAUCUCCCCCAGUCGUCUCCUCCUCUUUCUAACGGACUUCGGUAAGGGUGUGCUGACCGGCAGCCCAGGGGCGGUGGAAUUCUUCGCUUACCUUAUGGUUCAGCUGGAAGAGACAACGGAAACAAUUGGGUUUCGUAUCCAAACUAUGUUAGAGGAAACAACACAAGAGAAUGCAAAAUUUUUGAUUGAGCAGCUUUUUGAAGGUGUGGCGGGACUUAUUCGAGUCUACCAGACUGGAUCUCUCUCCUUUUGCGGUCACUCGACUUUUAGACUUAUCGAGCUCUCGCUGACGGUUGUUCUAGAAAUAAUGCGGGUUUGUAAACAGUUUUCACCCGUUGCAACCAGUUUAUUACCAAGCAUGGAGGGUUGUAAUGACGGGAACGAGGUUCCCAUCAGUUAUUUACUUUUAAGCUGUCUUAUGCUGCCAAAGUUCCCACCCUGUUUGCCCGCCGCGCAGCUUCUGGGUGCGGCGCUGCAGCGGGGCCACGCCUUAUUUCCCGCCCUGAGCUCAAACCUGCUGGGCCACACAGGGCGGGCCCUCUCGGUGUCCCUUCAUCAGGUCCUCCGGGCCAAAAUCGGGACUCCGGGAAAUGUGAUUCGCCUUUCGGUCCUAUCCGUGAUGGGGAUGCGCGACCUGGCGACUUUACAGUACUUAACAGGUCCCGAUAGUAUCCCUACCAACCGGCAAGCCGUGGAGCCUGCGGACUUGACCAUCUCGAAGGUGUUGUCCGAGAUCGUCCUUCACGAAGAUGUGUCAUUUGCCGAAAAGUCAUUGGCACUUGAACUCCUCAUUGCGUUAGGUCUCACAGAAUCCUUGCCGCUCCACCGGGUGACUCCCUUUCUCUCUGAGGAUGGCUUAACCGCGGAUGACACUUGUCACAUCUUUGAGCAGGCCGCCAUGACCGCCGCCGUCACCCAUUUCAUCAACGCCAUGAUCUCGAUUCAGAUGUGCAAGCUUCCAAAGAGCGGGCAAACAGCACGCGGGACCGGGUCCUCUCGUCGGGGACUGACUCUGGCCGAUAGCCCUGGUGAUUCCAGUUUGGCUAACACCAAUGUUAAAUACGCUAACACUCCACUUUUAAAAGGCGGCCAGGCUGUGCACACUGAUACGAUGGACCUUGUAUUGCGGCACGGUUCUGCAUUACUCAGACGAGUGGUUCGCUCCUAUGAGGAGCUUAGCCGGAAAGUCUACCACGCUUCAGGGACACCAAUGCAAGAAUGGCAGAUUGCGUUGACUACUUCGACUUCAAGUGCGAUUCUGCCUUCUACAACGCUAUCCUUGGCCAGAGCAAACGGUCUCAUGACGAUGGACCCUCAGCUGACAAUCUCGCAGCUUCCGCUUCACCGAAAGCAGCUGUGGAACCACCACCCAACCUUCUCUUGGUUUGAGGCUCCCCGCUCCGGUCACGCUUCUACAACGACGGGCUGCUCCUCGUCAGGGCAAAAACCCUUUCACACGGAAGUGUUGCCGAACUCAAUCGAAGUGGAGGAAGCUGCUUACCGGAUGGUGUGCCCGCUUAUACUCGGUGAAACAUACUGCUUUAUUGGCUCUAGCGACGACGUGACGUUCAAUCUUAUGGCUUCAACGUUAGAAGCUGUAAGACGCAUGGCGGUCACCUUGGAAGGCACGCUUUGGUUGAGUGUAAACGAAGCAGAGUCGAGCCGCAUCUUUUUAAGGAAUUACUUUGAGACUCUGCGGAGCGCUAUUGAAUGGGUCACUCAGUGUAAGCCUACUGCACCCCUCUUAGGGCGGUCGCUGUGGGACUGCACGCUGCAAUGUCUACAACUGACGAAUGCUGUAUCACGUGUCUUGGAAUCCUUUUCGUUAAGUUGCAGCCUGAGGUUAGAACUUGAUGCGCCAACCCAGCGCGUUUUGUAUCACUUUUUAGAGUUCAUGAGGCAAAAUACAAAGCAUCUUACUCUCCUCAAUCCUUGCCUGAACGUCGUUGCGGCUCUAGGGAGGGAAGACAAUGUCGGGGUAGAGUUCGAAGAUAGGAUUUUUUAUAUACUAGCCGACGUGCUAUUUGAGGAAGAAAGACAAAAAAAAGUAGAAAUUGGACCCGAGCACUUGAUUUUCCUGGAGGGCUGUAUUAAAAUUUUCGAAUCUCUCCCACCCAAUUCGUGCCCUCUUCUCGUCUUGGCGCCAUUAAUACGUUGUCUCUUCCGAAGGGCAACCACUGUUUAUUUUCCAACUAUGGCGAAUUCCCCGGGGGAUAUCCACACGUCGUACUUUGCACUGGCGCUGCGCUGUAUGCGAGGCGCGCUUCUAAAGGCACGAACUAUAGGGGCACUUUCCUUGCUUCCAUUAGAAGAUAUAUUGGCAAUGAUGGACACCCUAAAUGCAUUUUCCACCACUUUCACCCUGGAUUCCGCUCUCGUGUACCACCGUCAGAGCUGGCAUAUCGUGUGGUGCACCCUGCUGGAGCUUCUUUCUACUGCCAUAUCCACGCUCUCCAGAAUCCAUGAAUUCAAUGAUGAUGUACCAUUAAAUCAUUCCGUGUCGCAGCGCGCGUUGCUCGAGUUGAUCGAGACGAAAUUACCGUAUUUUAGCCGUUUUCUUACAGCUCUAGGUGGUUUUUCUGAGGUAAUAAGACCAGACCAUGCGCCUGUGCCAUUGUUUGUUUGGGAUGUAGAGGAGUUAGAGCUGUGUGUGAGGCUGGUAGCACAGUUAUCGGUCCUGGUCCGACCAAUGUCGUCACUGAUUCCCUUGAUUCAGCAGUGUUUUCUUCGGAUCCACCGUUAUCGGCUUCACAGCUUUCACACCACUUCCAGCAACGAUCCUGCGAUUCUUUUGUCGGAAAAGAACACGAUCCGAAAUGUGUUGGUGCGCGCCGUGCAAAAUCAACUGACCUUUUUCAUCAUCCAACCUUUCCACGGUGUCCCUUUCCUCAUCAACGAGAAAGGUGAAGUCUGUGCGGUGGUUGCCGCCCUUUCCUCCCAGCACAGCCGAAGCCCAGGGACCUUUACCGCUGCGACAGGGAAUUGGAUGACAGGCGGUGCAACAGGGGAAAAGGCCGUGUUCAGCUUGGAUGUCUUGUGGCACUUUAUAGCGCACGAGUUCCAGAUCACCCGUCGCGCGAGGUCCACGGUGAAGGCUCGGACGCUGGACACGACGCCCUCCGCCGAGUCGAGCGUCACACAGUCGCCCAGCCGCGGGCACGACGGGGAGAGCUGCGUGGAGGACGACUUCACGGCCUUUGACGGGUGGACAGGGGGGCAGGCGGAGCAGCGAGGCCUCCACCUGGACAAUAUUCAGCUCGCGCUGGUGCUCUACACUUUGGCCGCGGAGGAGCUGAGCCGGGGCGAUCGGUGUGUGGAGUUCGCCAGCGCCGUUUCAGUUCCCCAGAAAAGGGAGCUGCGUAUUUGCACUGAGAAGUUACUGCAUGUGCUGGGGAACAUCGUAUAUGACAUGAAGCGGAUGGGCUCACCGCAUCUGCUGAAUAUGUUGGACUCCAUUUGUGACCGCCUAAAUGCUACCAUUGUGGGACUGUGA